ACAAUCUAUAACUGAGGCGCAUUGUGUCCUGCAAGCUCCAGCAGUCAAGGUGUUCCUCUGAAUUUGGCUCCACUCAGACAAAGACAAGGAGCCAUGGCUGUGGCUAAUUUCCACUACAUUACUCGGAUGAGCAGUGGCUUUAAGGUCUACAUUUUAGAAGGUCAGCCCCACCUCAGAAGCGAAGACAGAUACAGACAUAUCACAAAUGACCGGGUCCGAGUCCCAACAGUGUAUCCUGUCAAACGCAAGCGCAGCCAUGAGAGAGGUCUGACACUGGAGGAAAGGCGAGAGCGGGUGCUGAGCAGAAGCAGCGGUAAAGCGGCCCAGAGAGCAGCACCGGCACCAGCUGUGUUUAACAACCCACAGAGUCCCACAUCUACCUGGAGUCCAACGCCCAGCCCAACCAGCCCUCUGCCCAGCCAUGUGUAUUACACACCAGUCAUGGAUGAACCACUUGCCCUCAUCAAGAAACCAAGAAAAGACCCUGAAAACGUAGAAGAAAAGUCCCACAGCACUGCCACCACUCAUAUCCAGAUGCGUCCCUCUGUGAUCACUUGUGUCUCCUCAUUAAGAAACCCCUCCUGCAGAUCUGAGGUCCACAGAGGCCACUCAUCAGUGGUUUCCAAGCACAGCUACGAUCACGUGGUUGAAGAGCACUUCCAGAGGAGCCUCGGGGUGAACUACCAGACAGCUCGCUCCCAGCAGCUUUCCAUCAGCGUGUCGGUCGAUGACCACUUUGCCAAGGCUUUGGGAGACAAGUGGCUGGAGAUCAAAUCCAAGUCCUCUUCCUGUUCUUCCACACCUCCCAGCAGUCCAAGUGUUACUCACUCCCCCACCCACAGCCACAGCCCAAAUCAGUCCCACAAAGAGUCUCCGAGCAGCUCAUCUCCAACUACCAGCUGCUGGUCUGUCAAUUAAAGCAGAAAUGAGCUGUGGUAUGGGAGGAAACUGGACUUUUAACAUUUCACUGCAUGCAGCUCUGCUUGUCUAGCAACGGAAAUGUCAGUGCAAGUGUUGAAAGGGCAAGCUAUCAGAUGCAGGAGGGCUGUCACUUUGGACCUCUGUGUGUCCAAAUUUAAGACACACUGACGCAGACGAAUGUAGCAUUAAUCCUUGUUUUGUUACAUUUUUAUCCUCUGCUUGUCGAUAGUAUCUGAAUACCUGAGAUACAAUAGAUGGUGAUGUGGGAUGAUUGAAAAAUCAACCAAGUAAUCCUUUACAUUUCUUUGAGUUUGUGUCAUUCUUUUAAUGCAGCUUGAAUGCCACAAUUUCAUUGUAUUAUAUUUAUAUUCGGAUACACCUGGGUUCCUUAUAGUCUAAUUGACUAGCCUAUCCGUUGUAUAAUAUC